AUGGUAUUGUACCCCAAGUUCCAUUAUUCCCUGUUGCUUUUUGAAUUGCAGCCACUCACUGGUGCCUCAAGCAGUCACCGGGGGCAGGCUUGUUUAGCACUGCUACUGAGCCUACUGCCUGAAGUUGUAAAUGGUAGUAUUCAUUUGGUAGCCAGCAUGUACUGCGGUGAUGAUAUAACCAGAGCUGCUGAUUACAAUGAAAAACACCAAGACCAUGCCAAAAACACAGAGAACAGUCCGGGGGCCUCAGCGCGUGGGCCCAUGACACAUCUGAGGAAGGAUGGAGACGAGCACACCGAGGAAGGAGAUGGGAAAAGGAACAUUGAAGAGAUUCUCGCCAGUGCAUCACUGGCUCCAGCGGAGUCACUUUGGACCACAGAAGCUAGUGGUUCUGUCAAGUUGAGGAUUGAUGAGACCUGUCCCGAGGAACCAAUCACGGUCCACCAAAUGUUCAGGGCUUCUGUGGAGAAAUAUGGAGACCUGUCUGCCUUGGCCACCAAGAGAAAUGACACAUGGGAAAAGAUUACCUUUGCAGAAUACUAUCAGUGCUGCCGGACAGCUGCCAAGAGCUUUUUAAAGCUUGGUUUGGAGCGCUUUCACAGUGUCUGUAUCCUGGGAUUCAAUUCGGCAGAGUGGUUCUUUUCAGCCAUUGGUACCAUUUUUGCUGGAGGAAUAAUGACAGGAAUCUAUGCCACCAACUCCCCAGAGGCCUGCCUGCAUGUGGCUAAUGACUCACGGACCAGCAUCAUUGUGGUGGAAAACCAAAAACAGCUGGACAAAAUCUUGCAGAUAAAGAAUAUGCUGCCUAAUCUGAAAGCCAUAGUGCAGUACCAUGGACCUUUGGAAAAUAAACUGCCUAACCUCUAUUCAUGGGAAGAGUUUAUGGAGUUAGGACUCGAUGUGCCUGACAAAGAAUUGGAUGACAUCAUUGCUCUCCAGAAAGCCAAUCAGUGCUGCGUCCUGAUUUACACAUCUGGCACCAUGGGAAUGCCCAAGGGAGUGAUGCUCAGUCAUGACAACAUCACAUGGACCACCCACCAUGCCAGCCGGGCAGGAGACAUGCAGCCGGCCGACACCAAGCAGGAAUCCCUCGUCAGCUACCUCCCGCUAAGUCACAUCGCUGCUCAGAUCUACGACCUGUGGACCGGGAUUCAGCGGGGGGAGCUGGUUUACUUUGCACAGCCAGAUGCUUUAAAGGGAAGUCUCGUACACACUUUGAGGGAGGUCAGCCCCUCCUCCCAUAUGGGAGUUCCACGGGUGUGGGAGAAGAUGAUGGAGAAGAUUAAAGAAGGGAUUGCACAGAGCGGAUUUCUGAAGAAAAAACUGGCCACGUGGGCGAUGUCUGUUAGUCUGGAGGCCAACCAAAUCUUGGCCAACAAGAAUGAGGAUAAACCACUUCUUCUCCUCCUGGCUGAUGGUCUGGUUCUGCAGAAGCUCAGGGCUGAGCUGGGCUUCUCCCGCUGCCUGAAGUUCUUCUCUGGCGCGGCUCCCAUCGCCAGCGAGACAGUGGAGUUCUUCCUGGGCCUCAACAUCAUGCUGUACGAGGCCUACGGCAUGAGCGAGAGCACUGGGCCUCAUUUCAUGUCAGGCCCCAAAGCCUACAGACUGCACAGCUGUGGCAAGGUGGUUCCCGGCUGCAAGUUCAAACUGGCAGACACGGACGCAGAAGGAACUGGGGAAGUGUGCCUGUGGGGCCGGAACAUCUUCAUGGGCUUCCUGAACAUGGAGGACAGGACCAGAGAGGCCCUGGAUGGAGAUGGCUGGCUACGCUCUGGAGAUCUGGGGAAAGCGGACGAAGACAAUUUCCUAUACAUCACAGGCCGCAUAAAAGAGCUGGUAAUCACAGCUGGUGGGGAGAACGUGCCCCCGGUGCCAAUAGAAGAUGCUGUGAAGAAAGAGCUGCCCAUUAUCAGCAAUGCCGUGUUGAUUGGGGACAAAAGGAAAUUUCUUUCUAUGCUUUUGACCCUUAAGUGUGCCUGUAAUGCAGAGACUAUGGAGCCCAUGGAUGAACUGAGUCUGGAGGCUGUGGACUACUGCCAGCAACUGGGCAGCCAGGCCGUCAAAGUGUCGGACAUCGUCGGAGGAAAAGACAAGGAGAUCUACCGGUCCAUCCAGGAGGGCAUUAACCGCGUCAACUCCAGGGCCAUCUCCAACGCCCAGCACGUUCAGAAAUGGACCGUGCUGGGGAGGGACUUCUCCAUCUCCGGAGGGGAGCUGGGUAAUGACCGCUAUAACAGUGCAGGGUGAAAAGGCCGGUGGAUCUUUUCUAGCUUUUGCUUGUUUACUGAAUGUUAUAAACUAUUGCAGUGUUUCUCAACUCCAGUCCUCAGGAGCCACUUGCCAGAAGGUUUUUGUUGUAACCAGGAACACAGACUGAAUCAUUUUAUUGUUAUGAACUAGCUUAGCUUAUUUAGCUGAUUUGUUAGAUUUGUGCUUUUAUGUAUGCUGGUGUUGGCUCAAUGCUGAAAACACUUAAACUGAUGCACUUGAGUCUAUUCCUAAGAACAUUCUCAUUUCUCAUUCCAGGCCCAACAAUGAAACUACGGCGACCUGUCGUGCAGGAGAUGUAUCUUAAGGAAAUUGAAAGUUUCUAUGCAGAAUGAUUACUGUGUAGACAUUACUUGCUUUUAGAGCAUUUGUCUCUAUUUUAAUCUCAUUAUCAGUUUUUAUCCUCGUCUCAUUGGUGCUCAGUACCUUGAAUUACCCAGCUUGAGUUCACCCUUGUAACUGCUUAAUGUAGUCGUCAUCUUGCCUUUUCAGCUCAGCGUCUGUUUAAUAAUUAGUUGAACACUGGCAUAUUUUUGGUUAAUUUGUCAUUAAAAUAAAUACUUUUUUGCAAAGCCAACUUAGCAUUUCUGCACAUUUUAUGAUAAGUUUAAUUUGUUUUCUGUUUCUAGAAAAAUACAAGUUUCUGGACGAAAAUAACGGUGCAAAUAUUGGCACAAUUCACUGGUAAUAGUAGAUAAUAGUAGUCUACAGUGAAGGCAGGACUGCUAGGACAACUACUGUAGAGUCAGAGUAUGAAUAAAUGAACACAGCAGCACAGUUCUCCUGUUAUUCAUUCACUAUGGCUCUAGUAUGGUAAAAGCUUCAAAAUGUACGGUAACACCUUCUAGGUCCGAACUCCAAUGGCCAGUGAAGUAAAGGACAA